AUGGCCACGACUGAGGACGUCCUCGAGACGGCCCGUCUCGUCAUCAUCGCGACGGCGGCCGUCAUCUCGUCCGUCGUGGCCGUGCUGCUCUUCCGACGAAUCCCCGACCAAAGAUACGGCGAUGAUCGACGCCGCCGACGUGUCAGGAGCACGCGGCCGCCGCUGCCGCCUCCACAUGCCACGGGUCCCGCUCUCUACUUUGCAGUCAUGAUGACGGACUGGCUCUUUUCCGUGACCGCAGCUGUUAGUCAGUCCAUGGACAUGGUCAUGGGUGCCGGUGUCAAAGUUCGGACGGUCGUGGGCGCCAGUAUCGACGCGCUCUACCAAGUGAGUUACCUCGUGUCGCUGCUCUGGGGCGUCGUGCUGGCGCUCUUUGUCUUACGGACGCAGUGCUGGGCACACGGCCACGACGUCACGAGUCUUCCGUACAAGAGGGGUUCUCGGUACGAACAAGCUGGUUCGUGA